AUGUACCAGGUUGCUGAGCCUCAAAAUUUCAUCGACAUUGACAUCGACUUCGAGUCAGAGUGGAACCCCCACUACCUGGACUCUUACGUGGACACACCAGAAUCCCCUCUUUCACAGCCACAGACCCCAGUGACUGGUUUGAUGUACGAGUGCAACUUCUGCUUGCAAGAGCACUCGCCCUCCAUGCCCUGCAACUCUAACUACGUGUUUCUGCUCCCCCAGCUGGCCUCUUACACUUAUGCAUCUCCAUUUCAGGAAGAAAAGCAGCUUGACGACGGAAUAGUGGAGUCCAACUACAGAAAGUGGUUGGUUUCGGUUACUCCUCGUUAG